UUCUUCAGGUGGUGGUGGUUUUUCAGGCGUCGGUUUCUCAGGGGGUGGCGGUCUAGGUGGCGGCAGUAGUUAUCCACGCGGUGUUGGUUCCUUUCCUUGCAGUAGUGGUGGUGGCUUAGGCGGUGGCCCUUUCUCGGCCGGUGGUGCUAAUCGCUCAGCCAGUGGCGGUGGUCAAACCGGCGGCAACAGUAAUGGUCGCUCUAUGGGAGCUCGCGGCAGCGCCAUGGGUUCCGCCCGUACUAGCGUGAUGGGUGUAGAGGUUGAACGUGGUGACGAUAGUAGACUAGGUGGCGGAAGACGAGGCUCUGCCAGCAAGCCUCAAGGUAAUGCCCUAAGAACAGUGCCUGCGGCACUCCCGAAGGAGAAGUCCAACCUCAGGAUUCUUGGCUUAAAUGCACUCUCUGUAAGGGACGGAGAUAGUCGUGAAAGCGAAGACGAGGCACCGAGAACACCUCGAUCCCGUGAGAAAGACGAGGGUGAGACAAAACAAGAAGACGCGGCACUAAGCACACCACGACCAAAAAGACGAAACUUACUAGAGCCUCCACCUCGUCCGGGUGGUCAGAAAGAUCAUAUAACAGGAGAGGGAGACAACCAGUUUGCGUCGCCCAGUGCGAGGAACAUGAUGAAGCGAGCCUACGUGGGACCUGAGGACGACCGAAUCCUCAGUGGCGGCAGUGGGAUGGAACUUCAACCUGGUUCGAUCUAUGCGAGCCCUGGGAUAGUAUCAGGCCAAGUUUCUGUGCAUCAACAGCAACCACAAGGAAGUGAUCAUAGCAACCCUAACCCUGAAUAUAGCUUCUCCACCGACGUAUCCGGACCGACUCCACCGCUAUCUAUCCAAGAAGUUGCAACUUUGCUGGACCGCGACCAAAAAGACCUGGCCUCCCAGAUUUGGACUGCGCGUGUACGAUAUCCGCAAGAAAAGCUAGUGUGGUGGCCGUUCGGACACGAAGAGGGAGAAUCUGAAAGUGUUUACCUCGAGAAAGAGCAAAUCAAAAAAUCGCUGAUAUCCGAGUGCCGCGUACAACUAAGACAAAUGCAUGACAAGUUAAACAGGUUCCCGGCUCUAACGCAGUUGACUACAACAUCAAAGAGAAGCGUGAACGUGUUAGCGGAUGUCGAGGCAUCUCAAAAGAGAAACCUGGUAGCAGAUAAAGCAUCAAAAGGAGCAUCAAAGGGGAAAGGAGAAAUACGAGGACCUGAGAGCAGUUCAUCUACUUUUGUUAAUGAUGUUGAGGGUUGUACUUCUGCUGCAUCCUCUUCUGCUGCUGCAUCCUCUUCUGCUGCUGCAUCCUCUUCUGCUGCUGCUGCA